CAGAGACAAGACACUUAGAGGGACUUGACUUUCCUCUUAGUGUGCUCCACUACUCUGCCAAACCUCUCUCUCUUUGCUCUUCUCUUUGAAUCCUUCCUCUUAAGAAGAAACCAGCCAUGUCGUCGUCUAGAGUGUCCACAAAAGUUGUGCGGACCAGCUAUAGUGGAGGUGGUGGUGGUGGUGGUGCUGGUGGUGGAGGUGGUUUCAGCAGCCGUAUAGGAGGAGGAGGAGGAAGAGCAAGUUUUUCCUCAAGAUCUGUCAGUCUAGCGGGGCCAGUGACAAUGUCAUCGUCCUCAAUGCUCAGGUCAAGCAUGGGUGGCGGCGGCGGCGGUUAUGGUUCUCAUGGAGGUGGUUUCAGUAGUUAUUCUGUUGCCUCUGGUGGUGGCGGUGGUCUUGGUUUUGGUGGUGGUGGUGGUGGUGGUGGUGGCGGUUUUGGUGGUGGCGGUUUUGGUGGUGGCGGUUUUGGUGGUGGCGGUUUUGGUGGUGGCGGUUUCGGUGGUGGAGGUUUUGGAUCAGUCCCUCUGAUCACAAGUGUCCAAGUCAACCAGAGCUUGCUGGCCCCCUAUAACCUUGAGAUCGACCCCAACAUCCAGACUGUCCGCACCCAAGAGAAAGAGCAAAUCAAGACUCUCAACAACCGCUUUGCAAACUUCAUUGAGAAGGUACGCUUCCUGGAGCAGCAAAACAAAAUGCUGGAGACCAAGUGGAGCCUGCUGCAGGAGCAGACCACCACCCGCUCCAACAUCGACGCCAUGUUUGAAGCUUACAUCGCCAACCUGCGCAGACAGCUGGAUGGGCUGGGCAAUGAGAAGAUCAAGCUGGAGUCUGAGCUGAAAAACAUGCAGGGACUGGUGGAGGACUUCAAGAACAAAUAUGAAGAUGAAAUCAACAAGCGUGCUACUGUCGAAAAUGAAUUUGUGCUCCUUAAGAAGGAUGUAGAUGGAGCCUACAUGAACAAAAUUGAGUUGGAGGCCAAGGUUGAUGCUCUUCAGGAUGAAAUUAACUUCCUCAGAGCUAUCUACGAGGCUGAACUCUCUGAGCUUCAGGGACAGAUCAAGGACACUUCUGUCAUUGUGGAGAUGGACAACAGCCGCAACCUGGAUAUGGACUCCAUUGUAGCUGAAGUCAAGGCACAGUACGAGGACAUCGCCAACAACAGCCGAGCGGAAGCUGAGAAAUGGUACCAGAGCAAGUUCCAGGAGAUGCAGGCCAGUGCAAACCAGGCAGGGGAUGACCUUCGUAACACAAAGAGUGAGAUUGCUGAGCUCAACCGCAUGAUUAGCCGCCUUCAGAAUGAGAUUGAGGCAGUCAAGGGACAGCGUGCCAACCUGGAGUCCCAGAUUGCUGAGGCAGAGGAGCGCGGUGAGCUGGCUGUGAAGGACGCCAAAGCCCGCAUCAAGGACCUGGAAGAUGCCCUGCAGAGAGCCAAGCAGGACAUGGCCCGCCAAGUCCGCGAGUACCAAGAGCUCAUGAACGUCAAGCUGGCUCUGGACAUUGAGAUUGCCACCUACAGGAAACUGCUGGAAGGAGAGGAAUCAAGGAUUGCCUCUGGUGGUGGAAGCGCAACCAUCCAUGUGCAGUCCACAAGCACCAGCUUCGGUGGUGGAAAAAGUGGCGGCGGCGGCGGCGGCGGUGGAGGCUUCGGUGGAGGCUUCGGCGGAGGCUUCGGCGGAGGCUACGGUGGCGGUUUCGGUGGCGGCUUGGGUGGCGGUGGCGGCCUGGGCGGCGGUGGCGGCCUGGGCUACGGCGGCGGUAUUUCCGCGGGGGGCUUUGGCAGUGGCAGCACCUCUAGCGUCUCAAAAUCAAGAGUCAGCACCUCCUAUUCCAGCCGCCGUUAACAGAACCAGUGGCCAUCUUCCAAUCCAUUUUUUCUUCUUCUCUUAUUUUUCUUCUCCUCAUCAUGACCUCCAUAAACCCCACCCUGUUGUUCCCUGCAUGCACAGAGCAACCUCAGAAACACGUACGCUUGACAAGUCAAAGACAGCCGAGCCAUGUAAUGGCACCACAUGCCCAAAGAGCGUUAGAGAUAUUAAAUCCAAAUUCAAGCAAAACAGUAGAGAGAUUGUUGUGAGCAGCAAAGAUGUGAGUCAGUCCUGUCUUUCUUUGAUCAGUCAGCCUGGCUGUCUUUUAGUUGUUGGAUGUGCUGUUGUGCAGACAAGAGGAUCCUUGUAGUGUCAGGACAGAGAAUCCCUACAAAGCAACUACCAUUGUAUACAAAAUGGCACCACAGGAAGUUGGACAGGAAGUUGUCUAAUAUCUGUGAUUUUGUUGUGCAGUUUGACAUCAUCAAAAGCAGCCACAUGUAACACUCUCAUAUUUCUUCUCCUGUUUUAAGAGAAAAAUGAUUUCUCCACUGCAGUAAAUAAAUGGUGUUGUGAUCAUGCUUUACUUCCAUUUUCACUCUGAAUAAUAAAAAAUGUUUUAAAAAGGAUCAGGCUGACUGGAACUGCCAGGUUUAUUGGGAAUUUGUACCAACAAAACUGAAAUAAAUCUGUGUUCACAUACAUUUGCA